AAUGUAACUGCAACGGAUAUUCCAACCGAUGUUAUUUCAACGAGAAACUUUACGAACAAACAGGACAUGGUGGUCAUUGUUUGGACUGCGCUGUUAAUCGGGAUGGACCCAACUGUGAAAGAUGUAGAGACAAUUACUACAUGAGGGAAGAUGGUUAUUGCAUACCGUGUGACUGCCACGCUGUCGGAUCCAGAAGCCUCCAAUGUAACGCAGAGGGAAAGUGUCAGUGUAAACCAGGAGUUAGUGGAGAAAAAUGCGACAGGUUUGAUAAAAAACCUUAUUCGAGAGAGAAAUCGACUCGAGUUUAUCAGCGGACUCUCUACCCUGGAGACAAGAUUGCGGCUAGCAGGAUGGUCAACCAGGUUAAACAGGCCAACACUGACUAUAGAAACGAGAGGUGGAGCGAGUGUUUGGAAUCGCUCGGACCUGGGGAUGACGAGCUCUGGCGAGUCAUCCGCAGGCUCGAGAAGAGGAAAACCGCUCCCUCCCCUCUUCACGGACAGCGCGGCAUCUGCUACUUCCCCGCCGAGAAGGCGUUGGCCUUUGCAGACACAAUGGAGAGUCAGUUUCAACUUAACGUUGAUCCGGAUGCGGAUAUUGACCGUGGCUGGAACACCGGGUUCGGCACAUCCUUAGGGGAAAUGAUGACGACGUGCGAAGUGAACUACUACGACUUCUCAUCGAACGGUUGCAAAACGUGCGGCUGCCACGUUUCAGGAUCUCUCAACAACUCUUCCGAGUGUAUCGCCUCCACGGGGGUGGAUGGGUCAAAGAGGAGGGUUUGCAAGUGCGAACACAACACCGCAGGUCCGGACUGCAACGAAUGUCUGCCCUUCUACAAUGAUGCUCCCUGGGGCAGGGCCACAGCUCAAAACUCGCAUGAGUGUAAACAAUGUAACUGCAACGGAUAUUCCAACCGAUGUUAUUUCAACGAGAAACUUUACGAACAAACAGGACACGGUGGUCAUUGUUUGGACUGUGCUGCUAAUCGAGAUGGACCGAACUGUGAAAGAUGUAGAGACAAUUACUAUAUGAGGGAAGAUGGUUAUUGCAUACCGUGUGACUGCCACGCUGUCGGUUCAAGAAGUCUCCAAUGUAACGCAGAGGGAAAGUGUCAGUGUAAACCAGGAGUUAGUGGAGAAAAAUGCGACAGGUGCGAAGUGAACUACUACGACUUCUCAUCGAACGGUUGCAAAACGUGCGGCUGCCACGUUUCAGGAUCUCUCAACAACGAGGCCAACUGCGAUCCCAUCGACGGGAUUUGCCAGUGCAAGGAGAAUGUCGAAGGAAAACAGUGUAACGAAUGCAAACCAGGAUAUUUCAACUUGAACUCUGAGAACUACUUCGGGUGCACGCCAUGUUUCUGCUACGGCCACUCCGCACAAUGCAGUUCCGCUGCCCAAUUUUCCAAAUACCUCCUAGAAUCGUCAUUCUCCAAAAGCUCAGAAAGAUGGAGCGCAGAAGAUGAGUUCAAGAGAAAAGUUGAAAUCAAGUACGAUCCCCUUACCCAAAGCAUCGGCGCGCAGGCUUUGGGUGACGAGGCUAUUUAUUUUGUCGCCCCAGAUAGAUUUUUGGGUGAUCAGAGGGCUUCCUACAAUCAAUUGCUGGAGUUUUCGCUGAGGAUUGGGGAUAACAGACCCGUACCAACUGCUACUGAUAUCAUCCUGGAAGGAGGAGGAGGUGUAUCUGUGACAAAUACGAUUUUUGCCCAGAAAAACAGAAUACCUACGUUACAGCCUCAAUUGUACAAAUUCCGUCUACACGAACACCCCGAUUAUGGAUGGCAACCGAGACUUCCAGCAAGAUCCUUCAUUUCUAUUUUGACCAACCUGACCGCCAUCAAGAUAAAAGGAACUUAUGCUCCCGAAGGAGUUGGAUUCAUUGAUGACGUUAAACUGGAAACUGCAUCCAGAGGAGUGGCUGGAACACCAGCAUUGUGGGUAGAAGCGUGCGAAUGUCCUUCAGGUUACGUUGGCCAAUUCUGCGAAUCAUGUGCGCCUGGUUUUAGACAUACCCCGGCUUUAGGUGGUCCUUUCAUGCCGUGCAUUCCCUGUGACUGUAACAAUCACGCGAGCAUAUGCGAUUCGGAAACUGGCAGAUGUAUAUGUCACGAUAACACUGCUGGAGAAAAUUGCGAACUUUGUGCUAGAGGAUACUAUGGAAAUGCUUUAGGAGGAACUCCAAACGAUUGUCUUCCAUGCGGUUGUCCCGAAGGUGGUGCUUGCCUGCAAGUCGACGAAGAAAACAUCAUGUGCAUCGAAUGUCCGACUGGGUACACUGGCCACAAAUGCGAUUUGUGUUCGGACGGGUACUUUGGAGAUCCAACGGGAAGACUUGGGCAACCAACUCCUUGCAGAGAAUGCAAAUGUAACGGCAACGUCGACUUGAAUGCCAUCGGCAACUGCAACACCACGACUGGAGAGUGUCUCAGGUGCAUACACAACACUGGUGGGAAUCAGUGUGAAGUUUGUUUGCCAGGCUUCUUUGGUAAUGCCAUGGUCCUUCCGAAGGGUGACUGCAAGCCAUGUACGUGUUACUCUGUUGGCACUGCGGAAGAUCCUUCGGGAGCUUCCAUCUGCGACCAAACCACCGGUACUUGCACCUGUAAGGCUCACGUAGUCGGCAAAGAUUGCGAACUCUGCGAAGACGGUUAUUACAACUUACUCAGCGGAGAAGGAUGUCAAACUUGCAACUGCGACCUCGUCGGUUCUUUCAACCAGAGCUGCGAUCUACUGACUGGGCAGUGUUACUGCAGACCAGGAGUUACUGGGUUGAGAUGUGACCAUUGCGAAGCCAGAAAAUAUGGUUUCUCCAUCGACGGUUGUAAGGACUGCGAAUGUGACGUGAUCGGUUCUAAAGACUUGCAGUGCGACGCCUUUGGCCAAUGUCCUUGCCUGGAGAACGUCGAGGGCCGCCGCUGCGACAGGUGCAAAGAAAACAAAUACGACAGACACCGAGGCUGCAUCGACUGCCCGGAUUGCUACAACUUGGUACAGAAUGCCUACAGAUCCCACAACGACAAACUGAAGAGGUUGAGUGAAAUUUUGGACGAAAUUGAGAGACGACCGACAGUCAUAGCUGAUGACGAGUUUCCCAAGGAACUGGACAAGCUCAGGAGUGGGAUAAGCGAGUUCUACGAGGAAGUGAAGAAUGCAACGGGGGAUAACAGCGUGUUCCAGAAGGUUAACGACAUAAGUGAAAGAGGAAAAGAUAUAACUAGAACCCUUUCCGAAAUUGACGAGAAUAUCUAUCUCGUGGGCGAUAAGAGCCACAACGUUGAAAUGUAUCUAGAUCACAUCGAAGAAAACUUGGAAGAAGCAGAAGUGAGACUGUCCGACACUGAGCUGGCUUUCGAUGCACAGGCCAAAGAGGCGUUGGAGAGUGCUUUGCAGAGUUCUCAGAAGGCUGGACAACAAUCCGAGAAAAUGACCAAGAUUGCGCAGGAAGCUCGAGAACUAGCGGAUCGACUAGAGGAAGAAGCUGAGGAAAUCGAGAAGGUUGCAAUGGAGGCUAAAAACAAGUCGAUACUGGCCUACAACAUCGCCAAAAAUGCUACUUUUGAUCAAACACUGGUCAGUGAGAAGGCAAGGAAUUUGCGGCACGGCAUACUGGAUGCAGAAAAUAAACUGAAUAGAACUAAAGAAUGGAUAGAAGAAGUAGUCGAGCUCUCCUCUAGAUCAAAGACUGACGCUCUGAACUUAUUAAAUGAAGUUAAGAACCUAGAAAUUCCACAAAUCAACAUUCCAGAGCUAAAAGCUAGAUCAGAACAACUUCAAGACGAAGCCUAUCGCUUGGCCAACCAGACCGAUGAUUUGUUCAGAGAAACGGAAAGUUUGAGAAAUGCUGUGGAGGAGAAGAAUCAAGUAGGCAAGGAGUUGCUAGAAAAGGCAUAUGAACAACAGUACGAGACAGAUGAGUUGCUCAGUGGAAUCUAUGAAACCAAAGAAGUUACAGACAAAUCCAUCAAUCGUUGGAACACCAUUUUAAAUGAGACUGAAAGUAUUUACAAGGAUCUUAAAGAUUUCGACUCAGAAACGCAGAAGAGUAAGCUAGAAGCAGACCAAGCUCUAGAAACAAUCAAAGACAUCGAAGCCAUUAUCAUGGACAGCAUGUUGAAAACGGCUGAAGCACAGCAAUCGCUAAAAGAAUCGACUGAUAACGCCAACAGUGCUCUGGAAAAGGCUCUGCAAGCUGACGUCUUAGCUAAAAACGCAUCAAGUGCCGCAGAAAAGGUGAAAGAGGAAGCCGGUGUAUUACUCAGAAAUGCAACCCUUUUGAGCGAAGAUUCUGAGCUCAUGAGGGACAGAGUUCAGGCCACGGAGGAUAAACUUCAAGGACUAUUUGACUACACUAAAACUAAUGAGUCACUGGUCAACGAAGCCAAGGAAAAGGUUGGAACGGCUGGAAAGGACACGGACGAAACUUCCCACAAAGUCGUGGAACUGUUAUCAAGUGUCCAGAAGAUUAUGACGGAACUGGAGAACUCACCAAACAUCGAUGACGGAGAAAUAAACAGGCUGGAAGAAGCUUUACGGUUGGCUGAGGAACAAUUGAUUACAUCCAAACUCGAGCAAAAACUUGCGGAUCUUCAGAGGGAGCACUUUUCUCAAGCCAAUUUGAUUGAUCAGUACAAAAACGACAUAGUUAUCUUGCGGGCCGACGUUGAGAACAUUGAAGAUAUAGUAAACGCACUUCCAGAAGGAUGCUUCAGGCGGGUUGAACUAGAGCCUUGAGGUACAUCGUCUCAGAGUUUUUUAAAUUUUAUACCAAAGAUGGAAAUUCAGUUUUUAUUUAUUUCAAUUUUUGUAAAUAUUCUUCAAUCGAUCAAUUUUCAUGUAGCAAUGAAACUGAAAAAUUCCAUGUUCCUAAUGAUUAAGUACUUACUCUCUGCUGUUCACGUGGAAUUUCAUAUAAAAUAUUGAAUUUCAA